AUGACUUCUUCUCAAACUAAACUCUCCAUAAAUCCUCAUCUAUAGAGGUCUCGCUCUAUGUCUCUGUUACUAAAACCUAAAAUUUAAAUCACUCAAGCACCGUAGCUUUACUCAGAGAGCCCAGAGAGACUUAACGUAAUUUAAGUAACCAAUGGAAACGAAUAUCCUGAAAAUAGCGAUUUGCCAACAAACAGCACCUAAACAACUUAAAUCAGCGAGAGUGAAGAUAUUUCUAACACUUCAUAAUAAUAAGAUUUGAUUAACUAGUUUAAUCGAACUAGCUUAGAGGAAUAUGAAGAUGAUUCCUCUGAAAAUAAUGAUCAUAAAACUAACUAUUCUGUAGAUCAAGAGAUUGAAGAUAGUGAUUCAAACUCUGAAAACUAAAAUUUUGAGGAAGAUUAACGAGCUCAUUUUGAAACAAUUAUACCUUAAUAAGUCUCUAAUACCUGGAAAAAUUCAUUCUAUUAGGAUUUAAACUCAUGUUCCGGCCAAAACUAAGAUUAGAUCUAGAAUGAUAAUAAGUAAUAGAUAUCAAAUAUCAAGUCGUCUUCUGAACAUAUCUUCAAAUUUCAAUUUUCUGAACUAAAAUUAAACUUGAGAGAUUCAACUGACGAUUACUAAUUCGGAUGUAUUAACUCCGAAAAUCAACUUAGAACCGAUUAAUUAGACCCCGCUAGUAAUACUUCUCAAUAUGCUUGCACUAGUAAAUUUAAUGAUUGUACAGAUUACCUCUUAUAAAUCAUCCUUGUAACAUCAUCUUCUGAAUUAAUCUAGUAAACCUUUAAAAGUAUCGAAUACUAGUUGUUUAACGAUGAAUUAAAGCUCCCAUCAAAUUUCUUAGAUCUAGCCCAUGAAAUAAUCACCUUUUCAAAAAUCUCUAAUCAAUUCAGUUUUACUCAAGAUGAGGAUGGCUAUGAAUUCAGAGAUAUUUAAUCGAAAUUUGAGUGCCUCAUGAAAUAAGUACUUCUAAUCUGGGAAUCAUAAUCAUUUCAACAUCAUUUGGCUUCAUAAUAAUCACUAGAAAUUAUUCAGCCUCAAUCAUAUUCUCUGACUCAGAUCUUCAUUGAUUGCUGGGAUUAGAUAGCUUGUAAUGAAUACAAUGUAUAGAGAGCUGAAGAGCUUUCUUAAUAUGUUAAUAAAUUAAGACAAAACUACGAUUAAUAUUCGUUGCACAUAAAUGAUCCAAAAAGAUCAUAGUAAACAAUUCGAUUUUGCAACAAAUUGUUCGCUCCUGAUAUGCAAAAUGAAAUUGGCUAAUUAGAAGAUGAAUAGCCUGAUCUCGCUUUGCAGUUAUAUGAGCUGUUUCUUUAUUAGUUGCUUCUAAGACUAUGUCUCCUUGGCUAGCUUAAUGGAGAGAUUUCUCUCCUUUAAUGA